AUGAAAACUAGAGUUAGAAGUGGUAAUUUCCUUAGGAUUGUUAAUUCUUUGGCUGUUGAUUGGGAUUUUGCCAACAAUUAUGAAUAUUCUGAGGGUGGUAGGCUUUGGAUACUGUGGGAAAAAAGCCUUUCAUUCUCUGUGCUUAAGGGAUGUGAUCAGGCCCUUUCUGUUGUAGGUGAUGUGGUUGGUGAAAAAGUUGUUGUUACUGCUGUUUAUGGGAGUAACAAUAGUCAGACCAGGAGAGGUUUAUGGGAGCAUUUAAGGUAUCUGGAAGUUGAUAUUGGUUCUGCCUCUUGGUUGAUUGGGGGGGAUUUCAACACUUUUAUCAGUGCUGAAGAUAGUUCAGAUUUUGAUGUUUUGGGGUUGUAUAGUACCUCUGAUAUGGUGGAAUUCAAUGAUUGUCUGAUGGAUUUAGAAAUUCAUGAUCAUCCAUUCACAGGUCCACUUUUUACCUGGUCUAACAAGCAAGAAAGUAAUUUAUUGGCUAGGAAGUUGGAUAGAGUUUUAAUUAACUCUCAAUGGCUGAUAGAGUUUCCUGACUCAGCUGUGGAAUUUAAAGCUCAAGGGCCUUCUGAUCAUUGCCUAGGGACUGUUUGGACUCAGAAAAGUGCUCAGGUGAACAAGCCUAAGCCAUUCAAGUUUUUUAAUUGUUGGACUGCUAAUGAGGAUUUCUUGAGGGUUGUUAAAGACUCUUGGCAAGGACACUGUGUGGGGGACCCUAUAUUGAUUUUGUUUACUAAGCUGGAAUGUUUGAAACCACUAUUAAAAAACCUCAAUAGAAGUUCAUUCUCUGAUAUUGUUGGCAGAGUAGUUGCUAAGAGAGCCGAGCUUGAAGCUAUUCAAAUUCAUAACCUUGAUCAGGAGGGGGAAUUGAACACUAAGUUUUUUCAUCAGAGAGUGGAAUUGAACAAGAAAAGAAACAUUAUCAAAGUAAUUAAAGAUGAUAGAGGGAUAUAUCAUGAAACUUUUGAGGAUAUGGCAGCUGAGUUGGAAAUUUUUUUCAAAAGCCUUAUAGGUACUGCUGAUCCUAUAGUGAAGAGAUGUCCUACUGACUGGUUAAAGUCUGUUCUAAAUUACUCUUUACCUAUUGGGGCUGAGGAUAUCCUAGUUAGAGUGAUUACUGAUGCUGAAAUCAAAGAUGCACUGUUCAGGCAGGGGGAAAAUAAGAGCCUUGGACCUGAUGGCUAUGCCUCGUGGUUCUUCAAGAUCACUUGGGAUAUAGUUAGCAAUGAUUUUAUAGGGGUUGUAAGGUGCUUCUUCCAAUCUUCAUCCCUUUUACCUGCUUUUAAUGCCACCUCCAUUGUCUUAGUGCCUAAAUCCCCUAAUGCAUGUAUGCCCAAGGAAUUUAGGCCCAUUUCUUGUUGUUCUAUGAUUUAUAAGACAAUCACUAGGAUCCUGGUCACUAGAUUAGCUUUGUUCUUUCCUGGUAUGAUUUCCCCUAAUCAAUCAGCAUUUGUUAAGGGUAGUAACAUUGCUGACAAUACCUUAUUGGCUCAGGAAGUAGUUAGGGGAUAUUCUAGGAAGAACCUUUCUCCUAGAUGCACAAUUAAGAUUGACUUGCAGAAGGCUUUUGAUUCAAUCUGUUGGGACUUCUUGAUGAAUGUUCUUGAAGCUUUGGGGCUGCUUGAGGUGUUUUGUGGUUGGAUAAAAGCUUGUAUUACUACCCCCAGAUUCUCUAUUUCUUUGAAUGGUAGUUUGGUGGGUAGACAAUUAAUACUGCCUAAGGGUGUCAUUAGGGAUGUUGAGAAGCUUUGUAUGAGGUUAUUUUGGAGAGGCAGUGACACCUCUGCUAAGGGUGCUAGAGUGAGCUGGAACCAGGUGUACUCACCUCAAUCUGAGGGAGGAUUGGGCUUAAGGAAGCUUGCUGACUGGAGUAAAGCAUGUUGUCUAAUCUGGAUUCUCAGCAAGUUGAUUAAGCUGAGGGAGGAGGCUGGGCGUUUAUUUAGGCAUUUGGCUAGCUUAUCUCAGGUCAAUGGCAGGCUUCCUACUAAGGACAUAUUAGGCAGGUUUGGAAUUGUGGUUAACAACAAUUUAUGUGUGUUAUGUGGGGUAGGUCAAGAAUCUCGCAACCAUCUAUUCCUUGAAUGCCCCUUUGCGUCUGAGAUAUGGUGUGUUGUUUUGCUUGACUGUGAAUUGAAGCAUCAGGUGCUGGGAUACUGGGAUGAUGAGAUUCGUUGGAUGGUUCUGCACUUUAAGGGAAAAUCCCUCUUAGUUCAUAUACUCAAGCUUGCUUGGACCGGCUGUGCUGCUUUCUUUUGA